CGGUAUUCGGGUAACCAUGGGUACGAAUCCUAAACUAUGAACUUAUACACAUAUAUGCACAUACAUACUGUUGUCCAUUAAAAAUUCUCAAUACUUGUAACUGUUCUAGCUUCAACAAUCCACACAAAUAAAAAUAGCUAACACAUAAUAAUUGUUCUUGCUUCUACAAUCCACACAAACAUAAUAAUCGUCUACAUCUUCAUCAUCAAUAAUGGUAGCUAAACUCAAUUUCUCAAGCUAAUCUAAAUUUCUCAAGGGAAAUUGACCCUUUGGUUAACGGGGCGGGUAUAACGGGCGGGUAUUAUCGAUUACCAUACCCGUACCCAAUGUAGUCAAAAGCGAGUUUCUACAUAGAAACGUUUUGGUGAUCUAGAAGCGUAAAAUCGUAAGUUUUUAAGUUUUAAAGCGGAGUUUUUAACUACGUAAGAUUUUGUGUAGAAGCGUUUUAGUGACCUAGAAGCGUAAAAUCGCAAGUUUUUAAGUUUUAAAGCGUGAUUUUGACUACAUUGCCCGUACCCUAUCUUUUAUUUUGAAACCGGGUAUUACCCGUACCCACCCUUAACCCGUCAAAACGGGUAAUUACCCUCGUUUAUCGGUUACGGUCGGGUAGGGUACACAUGCUUACGAGUCGGAUUGACAUCCCUAGUGUCAACUUGUCACCAAUAACAUUGUCCCACGUACGAGUUCCGCCACAUCAUCAGAAAACGAGAAGAAAGGCCAUCUGGCUUUCGGUCCCACCGAUUUUUCAUUUUUUGUGUCUUCCUGCUUUCUUAAUUCUUACCUCGCUCCUCAUUCCAUUCCAUUAGAUUCCUCAUUCCUUUUAUUCUCCUCCCGCGAACCUCGCAGCUACGACGUCAACCCGAAAAGGCCUGCCGUUUGAUCGCAAAACCAGCUGCCUUUCCCUAUCAAUUCCCAUUUUUUCAACCGGCGCUGGCUUCCUAUUUGACCCUUCUGCUUCAAAAUUCCACCUCUAAUUCGCCGGCCGUGAUCCGGCUUCCUCGAAAUCCUCCACCCACCGUCGAACUGUUUCUCUCCUCCUUCACGCUUCCGUAUAUCUCUCCUGCAGCGACGGUCUUGCCGUUACUACGUGCAUAUGGAUCGGAGGAGGGCCGGGAGUCCGGUGUACGGGCGGCAGUGGAGUGGAGGAUCGAGCAGCACGGGUUCUUCCUCUCCGGCGAUGUCGCCAGCGCAUCCGAGCUCUAGGCUGGGAGCUGGCAUGUCUACCAUCAAGCGCACACAGAACGUAGCCGCCAAGGCAGCUGCUCAGCGGCUAGCUCAAGUCAUGGCAUCGCAGACUGCCGAUGAUGACGAGGAUGAAGACGAUCUAGGGUUUCGGUUCAGUAAUCAGACAUCUGCGCCUCCGUCGAGCUUCAGCAACAGUUUCAAUCAGAACGGAAAGAGUAGUGCUACUCCAGCCAUUUCUUUUACUAGAGGGAACAGAUCUCCGUCCCCUGCGUUAGGUAGAAACUUUGUAGAGCAAGUUACUCAGCCUCGAUCCUCAUCAACAGGGCGAUCAACAAUGUCUGUUCGAACUUCAUUGAUGCCGUCUAGUAAGUCAACUUUAAGGACUUCCGUAGCAAUACCGCCCAUUGAGCCUCCAGCCAUCAAGACCCGGGAUAAAAGGUUUAGUGCUGAUGUGGGGCAGCUUAAGAAAGACAAUGGAGAUCAGCGUGAAGCAUCUGCACUUCGUGAUGAACUUGAUAUGCUACAAGAAGAGAAUGAGGGCAUACUUGACAAGCUUCGGCAUGCAGAAGAAAGACGCGAGGAAGCAGAGGCUCGUGCAAGAGAACUUGAGAAACAGGUAGCUGCGCUUGGAGAAGGUGUUUCCCUUGAAGCUAAACUCUUGAGCAGGAAAGAAGCAGCAUUGCGUCAAAGAGAGGCCGCUUUAAAGGCAGCAAAGCAGACAAAAGAUGGGAGAGAUGAGGAAAUUGCAUCUCUUCGCUCAGAGCUUGAGAAUAUAAAGGAUGAGACAGUAACAGCUGUGGAGCAGCUACAGGAAGCAGAAUCUGAAGCCAAAGCACUACGCACGAUGACACAGAGAAUGAUUUUGACUCAAGAAGAGAUGGAGGAAGUAGUUUUGAAGAGAUGUUGGCUUGCUCGAUACUGGGGUCUAGCCGUUCAACAUGGAAUUUGUGCCGAUAUAGCAGUGUCAAAGCAUGAACAUUGGUCUGCUUUUGCUCCCCUUCCGUUUGAGGUUGUCAUUUCUGCUGGACAGAAGGCCAAGGAAGAAGCUCAGGACAAAGUUGGCAAUAGCUCAGAUCGGAGUAAGUCUGCUCGUGAUUUGAGCGAUUUAACAGGAGAAGGAAAUAUCGAGAGUAUGCUUUCAGUUGAAAUGGGACUGAGGGAAUUGGCUUCUUUGAAGGUGGAGGAUGCUGUUGUGCUUGCAUUGGCCCAGCACAGGCGUGCAAAUUUGAGAACUCUUGGUGAUCCCAAGUAUUCUGAAGCCAUUGAGUUGAGUGAAGCUGAGGCAGAAGAUGUUCUUUUCAAAGAGUCAUGGCUAACAUAUUUCUGGAGAAGAGCCAAAGCGCAUGGCGUGGAAGAGGAUAUAGCAGAAGAACGUCUUCAAGUCUGGAUCAGUCGUAGUGGGAAGUCACCCACUUCACAUGAUGCUGUCGAUGUUGAGCGAGGAUUGGUUGAGCUAAGGAAGUUGAGCAUAGAGCAACAACUUUGGGAAGCAUCACGGAAAGAAAUCGACCAGCCCUCACUAGCCAAUCAUAAAUCUUCGGCAGACUCGGACCUCUCAUCGUGAUACAACUUUUUGGAGACCUUUUCUUUCUGUUGCGGUGAUUAUACGCCUCCCUGCGGCCUUUUUCUUGUUCGUUCUUCUGUAAGUUGCUUGUAUCGUUAUCUUUCUUUGUGUUGGGCACCCAUUUGUAAUUCUUCUUCCAUUCUCUUCCUGUUUUGGUUCUUUCCCCUACAUUACAUGCAAUUGGUUUCCGGUGGUAACACCUAUCCUCUCAUGAACACUUUCCACAUUGCCAAAGUCCUAUCUCAAGGGACAGUGGGAUAAUAAUCGAAUGGCUGCAUAUAUUUGUUAGAUUGCCUAUCGAUAAACUCGAUGAUGCAAAUAUAGUUGGAGUGUAACAUUAUUUUCUUAUGGAGCAGUUCACUUGAAAUCAUAGCAUCUUGGAAAGUUGUUUGUUUUCCAUUGUUUAUGAGUGUUUAUGAGCGUCCACCAAUCUCGGACCGGAAUACUCUCGGAAGGUGAACAUCAAUCCAGAUGGAUCCCACCCACUGCGGGUCGGGUGAAAUCAAUACGGAUGCGGCAAUUUUCCGUGAUGGAGGGAUUGGUUUGGGCAUGGUAGCAAGAGGCGCAAACGGCCAGCUCUUGAUGGCUGCGAAUAAGAGGCUUCGUGGAAGUUGGGAUGUGGAAGAAGCGCUUUUGUAGCAGAAUUUGGCGUGCAGCUCGCGAAACAACACAACCUUAUGAACCCCGUCUUGGAGACUGAUAGCCUUAGGCUCGUCAGUAAGAUUGAUGAUGCAGAGCAGAUUGAGUCAGAAAUUAGAGUUGUGUUGAAGUAUCCGACGAUAUCUUGAGGAGUCGGGCUUGGGAUCUUGGCAGCAUAUUCACCGCGAAGGAAAUAUGGCAGCGCAUUGUAUGGCUCAUUCAGAGUCGUGUUGGGACGAACGAGUAGUUUGGGUUGAUAGUCCUCCAUUCUUUUUGGUUAAUCAGUUAAUGUUGGAUAAGGUAGCAACUUAUACUGGUUAAUAAGAAGCUUCACAGAUUUCCAUAAUAAAAAAAGGAAUUACGUAUUCAAAUCUUCGAUAUUAAUUAUUGUCUUAAAGCAUGUGUAUGGUGUGUUUUCAAACUUAUUGGUUGAUUUUCGUUUGAAGAGACGCGUACAAAAUUGAUUAAAAUUUAUAUAUGGGUCUUGAAUUGUGGGUUAGUUUUCGCGUUUGAAGAGGCUGAAAAUCAAGUGGGGAAUAUGGCAUCCUCAAUUGCUGAUCUUCCGAUCGAGCGAACAGUAACGGAUGCCAUGAAUGAGGCUUUGAUAGUUGAAGUUUAGUCUAAUGAAGUGCGAAAAAUUAUUUUUUUUCGAUAGGGUCGCAGCGGGCUCCGGACUCGGAUGGAUUCGCAGGCAAAUUCUUUAAGGGCUUUUGAGACAUAGUGUGCGAGUCGGUGGUUGCCUGCUCCUUUAGAACGGAGCAGAUGUUUCAAAGUUUUAACCACACUCGGCUGACAUUGAUCCGCAAAGUGGAUAUGUGGAGAAUAUGAGACAACUGAGACCUAUAAGGGAAUUUUUCCCAAUAUACCACCCAAAAACUUAAAAAUACCAAAAAUAUCACCCUUUAAAAAAAAAAAAAUCCAUCUAUGCCACUAUUUCACAAGGACUACAUCACCCUGUGGCGGUUUACAAAUAAACUGCGGCGGUUUACAAAUAAACUGCAGAGGGUGGUGCGGUUUAAAUUUUGGUAAAGAACCGCAAUGGGAUCCGAGGAUCGCUUAAGACCCGAUUUUCCAAAGAAAUGGGAGGAUCGUGAUGACCUCUUAAGAUCUCAUUUACUUAGGCAUGCAAUAGCUUUAUACAUAGUCUAAGCAAGUGUCACAUUAUAUUAGCCCAAAUCAUUGAAAAUAAUCAAUAUGAUUAACCAUUUACACAAUUAUAAUCUAAAGCACUAAGUACGUUAACAAAAUAAACUAUGCCAAAUGUU